GUACGAGGUCUCUACUUCUCUUUUGUCCCUUCCACUAGGCUCGGCGGAAGUUUCGCCGCCGCCACGGACGUUGCUCCCACAGAAGGGGAGUGGGAGCUGGGCGGCGCGGAACGCUCUCCGGAGGACACGGGCAGCCUCCGGGCGGGGCUCCGGCGCAACGCGAUGCCGAGGCACGUUGCGGUGAUAAUGGACGGCAACGCCAGGUGGGCCCGGCGAUCGGCGGGGCACGAGGCGGGGGUGAAGUCGCUAAGGGAGCUGACGAAGCUCUGUAGCGAGUGGGGGAUCGGAGUGCUCACCGUCUUCGCCUUCUCGUCCGAUAAUUGGGUUCGGCCAAAGGCCGAGGUUGAACUUUUGAUGGGAUUGUUCGAAAGAGUGAUUCAAAUGGAGCUGGAGAAUUUUAUGAGGGAAGGAGUUCAAGUAUGCAUGAUUGGAGAUUCCUUGAAUCUUCCCAAGUCAUUGCAAAAAUUGUUUGCGGAUGCAGAGGAGAUGACCAAAAACAACUCCAGACUCCAACUUAUUGCGGCAGUGAGCUACAGCGGCAAGCAUGGCAUUGUACAAGCAUGCAGAACUAUUGCUUGCAAGGUAAAAGACAGUCAUCUCGAGUUGGAAGACUUCGGCGAGAGACUUAUAGAACGGGAGCUAGAGACGAGCUGCAGCGAAUUUCCCUGCCCAGAUUUACUGAUUCGCACAAGCGGUGAACUUCGGCUCAGCAACUUCAUGUUGUGGCAGUUGGCCUACACCGAACUUUUCUUUGUGCGGGCGCUCUGGCCGGAUUUCGGGAAAGCCGAGUUUAUAGAAGCCUUGCUUUCUUAUCAGCAGAGGCAGAGACGAUAUGGAGCGCGGGUUUCCUAAUCAUAAGAAGAUUAUCUUCACAUUCAUAGCCUUGACGGGGAGAGAUUGAUCCAAUUGAUCCACAUCUCUCAAUCCGUGUCAUCGUAUAUUGGGUGAAGCUAUCGCCCACCUUACAAUGUCCGAGCACCAGAUAUAUAGCUUAUUCCAUGGCAUACACGGACGCAUGUCGUUGUGAGGCUAUGUAACUUGGAACUCAUCCAAGUUCCUUAUGUUGUAGCUAGCGUUAUCGCCUAAAGGUGGUGAAUAGAUGAUUUUGAAAUUUAUUUGAAAAAUAGCGAGGAAUUAAAAUAAAUAAACUCAGAACUUUAGUUCAGAGUCCGAUCGAGAAGACUUGAGAUGACUUGAGAAUCUAUCUGCGCACAAUUCAAUU